GAUCCGGCGCUAAUGUUUUGUUUGCGUUCAUUCUUAUCAGUAGUGCCAGCCAGUGUGUGUGCGUUGUAUUUAUCUCGUAUCGUGCUCCGAAGUGUUUCUAGAGCUGUCUGAAUAAUUGUUUUAAUGUUUUUGCCGUGUCCGUAACAUGACUCAAACCGUUGUUGAGCUGCACUGGUUCCCGAAGUAUUCGGAUCGUUUUCUUACCGUUUCGGGAUCGGAAAUCAAUUUGUAUCAGGUGAAAAAGCGGGAGCUGAUUGACCAUGGAAUUAACAGUAACAUUAACUUGGACAUUUCCAAAACCACCACUGCCACACUGAUUGCCUUCGAGACGCGCUAUCAAUUCAUUCGAACGGUCGCACCGUCUUACCAUUCGAAUGGAGAGAUUUUGUUUGCCGCUGGAAUGCCGAACGGGAAGGUUGCGUUGUGCAACUUUGCAACCGAGAACAACAUCGAAUUUACUCCGCGCGUUUCGCGUGCUUGCACAUGUAUUGCCUGGAGUGAGCUAGAACCGAGUAUAAUUGCAAUGGGCCACGAGCGCAACCGAUCGGAUCAUUGUAUUACGAUUUGGGACACUGAGAGAGGUGUGCCCAAUCAAUCUUGUAAGUUAACAGUGGAGAUAAACUAUUACAUAAUUAGUUUAACCCGUGACUUCUUUGCAGCCAUCCUCCAGUUGAUUGGACUUUCAGAAACUGCACACUCGAUCUGUUGGGAUCGAACGUUUCCGCAGGUUAUGAUAGCUGGAAUGAGUUACAAGUGCAUUAAAAUGAUGGACUUUAGGCAAAACUCUGCCGUCGUAACCGUGGCCAAUGCACGUACGGUGAACGGACUGUGCAUCGCGCCCAACGGUCGCUAUUUGGCUAGUUACGUGGACAAUGUUAUCAACCUAUGGGACCUUCGGUCGCUGGACAAAUCCAUCAGUCAGAUUCAGAUGCAAAGAAACAUAACGCACUUGUCUUGGUGUCCGACGAGAUCGUCGGUGCUGACGACACUGCAGCGAGAUUCACCGUUGAUUCAUUUAACGGAUUUACACUGGCCCGGUUCGGAAAUGGACGGUGGUGAACCGCAUUCGAUAAAGCGUUUCGUUUCCCCCCUUCAGGCUCGCAGUGGCAGCCGAAUUCCAACGAUGGGCUACAUUUCCUGGCAUCCGUACGAUUUAGAGCGAAUGUUGGCACUUUCUGGAACGGGUAUCAUUUCUGACUAUAGAAUACCGCAGCGAGUGGCUAUCUCCUGGGACAACAAUAACAAUUUGUACGGAAACAACGGAAACGAGCUACGGCAGUUUACUUCGCCUUCUCCACCGACAACUCCAACCGAUUCACUGAAUCAGUGGGACUGUGGAAUUGAUAGCUAUGAAGAGGAUAUAGCCGAAACUAUUCAGAAGCGAGCUCUGAAUAACUACGGUUUAAUGGCGGAGAUUCAAAGAAACGGUGAGCUAGCUGGAAACGCCAAUUUGAAGGGCGUAUGGCGUCUGCUAGGUCACAUGAUUAAAGAGGACUGCAAGCUCGGAUUGAACACGAUUCUAGGUGUUUGCAGCGCUCCCGAUGGUCCAGCAAUGUCCCGCUCUGACCCGGUCAUGAUGAAAUGGGUCGAUUUUAGUAUUGGCAGCGGUUUGGUGGUGUAUAGAAGCGAACAUCGGGACACAGCACAACUGCUUUGUGGUUGGACUUUCGAUAGAAAGAAAGAAUCUUCCUUCCAAGCAUUUAUAGAUGAAUUGUGUGCAAAUAAGGAAUUCACUAGAGCAGCACUGAUAGUUUGCUUCCAUUUUAAAAUAAACAAAGCCAUUGAAAUUCUUGGGAAAGGCGCAGAACAAGCGGUCGAUCCUAGCUCCUUGCUGCGCGUCGCAGCUAUAGCCCUGUCGGGAUUCAGCGCAGAGCGUUCCGGGUUAUGGCGUAAACAGUGCGGAGCUGCUAGGACACAAAUCGACGAUCCCUAUCUUCGCUGCAUGUUUUCGUUUCUGGCUCACGAAAAGGACGGUUUCGAAACAGUUACUAACGAAACGGAAAUUUCGCUUGGAGAUCGUAUGGCAUUCGCCUGUAAUUUUCUGUCAGAUCUGAAACUAGCAGAAUACAUUAAAGGGAUGGUCGCAAAUUGUAUCGAAGGUGGUGACUUGAAUGGCCUCCUACUAACUGGAGCAACUAACGAUGGUAUCAAGCUGCUACAAAGUCAUCUCGAUCGAACGGAAGAUGUGCAAACUGUUGCGCUGAUUGCGUCGCGUUUUUUGACUUCGGAUCUUCUAACCGAUUAUCGUGUGCAGUACUGGAUUUCUACAUAUAGGGAUCUACUGGAUAUUUGGGGUUUGUGGGAGCAACGCGCUCAGUUGGAUAUAGCCCUGGGUCGCAUAAGAUCGCCACCCCAGAAUUCUCGCUCCGUGUUUCUUCUGUGCAACUUCUGUGGCAAAAACGUCUCGAUGGCUCUUCAGGAAGAUGCUCGCCUCAGAAGCAACGCCGCUGUAAUGCACAAGCUAUCAUCCUGUCCGAACUGCCGGAAACCGUUGCCGCGGUGUGCCCUCUGUUUGCUGCAUAUGGGAACAACGAUGGGAGCCAUUUCGCAAAAUCAUGUUGCCCAGGGGCAGAUUGGUUGGCAAUCGAAGCCGUUCUCCAAGUGGUUUUCGUGGUGUCAGACCUGUCGGCAUGGGGGCCAUACCGAACAUCUGGCCGAGUGGUUCAAUGAAAACACGGAGUGCCCGGUGACGUCCUGCCAGUGCAAAUGCUAUGCCAAAGAUCUUCCGAUGCCGCAGUUUCCCCGGGAAAAAGACAGCCUCUCCUGAUACCAGCUUUCCACGUCGUUCUAAGUGUAAGGUUCGUAUGGGGCAGCAGGUAACCUGUACAGUUUAGCUUGCUACAUAGCUUCGAAAGCCGAAUGUUUGGUUGGAGUAACAUGUAAUGAAUGUGUGUGUUGUUGGUAUUAUUAGUUUUGCGUGUAUAAAUGUUAAAGGGUUCGGUUUUGUUAGCAGGGUCGCCGUUAGACUACUCGUUUUACGUGUCUAAGCAGCAAAAUGUUUUCGUGCGUGUUACGUGAGAUUUAUAUAUUAUUAAGAUUUUGUCACUAACAAUGUUUUAUAC